AUGGAGAAAGAUGCAGCUUAUUGUUUCUAUUGUUAUCUUUUUAAGCAACCAAGGGGUGAUAAACUUGGGAUUGAUGCCUUCACGAAGACAGGGUUUAGCAAUUGGAAGAAAACAAUGGAAGUUUUCACUGAGCAUGUUGGUGGAGUUAAUAGCAACCACAACAAUGCAAGGCGACAUUGUGAGGAUUUCAAAAAUCAAAGGCAAAACGUGUCACAUAUAUUCUCUUCUCAUAGCAGAGAAAUGGAGGUUGCAUAUAGAGCUCGUGUCACUGUUGUUUUACAUGUUGUUAGAUUUCUUCUGUUGCAAAGUCUUGCUUUUCGUGGACAUGAUGAAUCUUCAAGUUCCACUCAUAGGGGCAACUAUUUAGAGAUGUUGAAUUGGUAUGGAACAGAAGUUGAAAGUAUUGGUCAUGUGAUUAAUGAAAAUGCUCCUUGA